UUUCCUUAAGCUUCCUUCGUACGAUAUUUCGCUUGGAAUAUAAUGUUUUCAGUGACUGGUAGAUAUUAAACUCGAUCUUGAGUUACCGAUAUGAUUAUGAAUUCACAAUUUAAAAUUUACAUUGAUGGCUGCGAUGCGAAUAACAAGAAAAAUAUCGCAGGGUUAAACGUUAGUAAAAUUCGUUUAAAUAAAUAAGCUAAAGCAACGGCUAGCGUCGAAAAAGGUUAGGUUAUCUCCAUUUAUAUCAAUCAGCUGUGCCAAGUUCGUACCAGAAAGUGAAUAAUUUGUGAUAAAUUAUUAUUUCUCUAAGUAUAUCUUUGCUCAAAUUAUUAUCAACUUAAUGUAACUAUCUGUAAAAACAAUAAUAAUUCGUAAAAAAUACUGUAGAAAUAAUAGUGGUUUAGCGAAUAGGAAGAAUGAGCGAGGUUCAGGAACCUGAAACUGACAAUGUGGAACCAAACGUACUGUUAGAAAGUCAAGAAAUCGGAGAGGACGAAAUUGAAAAGUUGAAAGGAGAUACUGUAGGAGAUACUCUUUACAGCGGCAAAUGGAUAAUCGAUAUUUUACUUUCGAUAUCAAAGGUUCUCGAAGAUGGCUGGAACGAGAAAGUGGAGUACGACUUGUGCACAUUAUGGGAUAUGACUGCGGAGAAAGACGUUGUUAACUUUCUUGUAGAUAAUGAUUUUCUCAAAAUUGCAGAAUUUGCUUUGAAUUCAUCCGAAGAACCAAGGUUUACGGAAAUAAUUUUGGGAAUAAUUGGCAAUAUGACUUGCGAACCGUCAGUGCUUGAUGUAUUGGGAGAGAAAGAAGAGCUUCUCGAAACAAUUCUUCGCCUCCUUUCUUCCGAAGACGCUGCCACAUUAGUACAAAUACUUCGUCUUCUACGUUCUGCACUUUGGAAUAUUCAAAUCAAUCCUGAAUCAAAAUGGAGAGUUAAUUUAAGAAAUUCAACCUUUUUAAGGGAGGUGGUUCCUUUUAUCUUAAAAAGUUCCACAAACGAGGAACUUUUGAUCGCAACGACAAGCUUUUUGCGUUCUUCGGCAGAGAUCGAUCUUUCAUCUGGGAAAACAUUAUUGGAUGAGCUAUUCGAAUCUUCUAGUUUUGUGUCAGGAAUGUUGGAAUCCUUCGAAGAAGUUUUUCCUCAAGACGAAGCACCUUAUUCAUCUUCGACUUUAAAAUAUCUUGAAGAUUGGUUGGAGUUGUUUUCGAUCGUUCGUAAAGGACAUCAAAUUCAUCAAGAGAUCUUGCAAGAAGACAAUUUAAAUAGAACGGUAGAGAUACUACGAAGAAUUUUAGCAAGUUUUAUCGAUCCGUGGAAUCUUUAUCCUUUAGAUGAGACGAAAGCUUCUUGCGUUCAUAGAUGUGCAGAAAUGAUUCUCGAUUUUCGAUGGAAAGGAUUUUUAAGGGCAGACUCGACAGUUGAUAUAGAUGCAACAGUUUUAAAAAUUAUAGUUAGCAUCAACACAGCAAUGAAAGAAGAAGAAGAAUAUUCCAAAGAAACAAUGGGAGAAUUACUAAAAUAUCUUGUAGGAUAUUGGAUCGAAGUGUCAAAAAUCUCUUCUGCAGAUGAAAUUAUAAAAAUUUUGAAAAUAAACGAAGAGCCUGUUAUUGAUCAUACGAUAAAUUUAUUAAAAUCAAAAAUUCCUGCAGAAAAGAUGAUAAGUAUAAUAAAUGGAUUGCCGAACAAAUAAAACGAGGCUUUAGAAUAAUAGCAAAAAGAAAAUGAUUAAGUUAACCAAUGAAUUGUUAUAGCCUUUGAUAAAGGCACGAGGAUUGAAUAUUUUAAUUGUUUGGUAAAACGAAGAAUGUUUUUUCACCUUCGUAUGAAAUCGCUUUUACACGUUGUGUAUACAACUGCUAUCAUAUCCUAAAGAUUGUAUUAGA